AUGCAAAUUGUGAAAAAAAAUGAAAGGAAUUUUGCGAUUGUUAUCAGUGUUUGGGCUCCUAAUGGAAUGUUUGUCAUUCCAUACGAUAGGAUGGGAGACACUGGAUUCUCCCAUCACAUGAUGAUAACAAAGAGAUCUUCCAUUGGGGUUGUCAACAAAGUUCUGGCGUUCUUUUCUGAAAUCUUGUGGAAUAACCUAGGAAGUUCUAGAAGUUUCCAUCCUAAGGAUGUUGAUGUCGAACCAAAAAUAAAUCCUUCUCAUGAGGAGAUUCGGGUGCUUUUACUUCAUGAAUUUCGUUUGGGUCACGAAGCAACGGAAGCAGCCAACAACAUAUGCAGUACGCUGAGCCAGAGUGUAGUCUCCAUUCGUACCGCGCAACGUUGGUUCAAUCAUUUCAAGAAUGGGGAUUUAGAACUCGACGAUGUACCUCGAUCCAGUAGACCAAUAGAACUGGAUAUGGAUCUUUUAAAGCAGCUUAUCGAAGAAGAUCCUCGAUUGACUUUACGGUGUUUAGCAGAGCAGCUUGAAUGUUUUCAUACUACGGUGGAAAAAAAUCUGAACGAAUUAAGCAAGGCCUGGAAAAACGGAAGAGUUGAUACAUGUAUGGAUUUAAUCACAUUUCAUCGCAACUAUCAAUGGCUAGCCAAACUGAUUACUGGUAAUGAGAAGUGGGUGUUAUAUGUUAAUUACACGCGUGGACGUCAGCGAUUGAGCACUGGUCAAACAGGCGUUGCAACACCGAAGACUGAUCCACAUCCUAAGAAGUUGAUGCUGAAUGUCUAG